AUGUGAAACGCUUCAAACAACAACAAUUUAAAUCAAUUCUAUUUUCCUCUGUUCGACGUGAAAAUAGAGAAAGAGAGAUAUUGAAGAAGUUGUGACGUACGUUAUUUAUCAAUUAUUAUGGACGAUGACUCUAAAAUGGUGGUUAUCACACAUAAAAUAAAUUUCUGUUUAGAAAUGUAUUUUUUAUACAUUACUAAUUAAAUGUUUUUUGUUAGCUUGAGUCCUAAUUUGCUUAAAAAUAUUUCAGUGUGUUGAGUGUAAUUUAUAAAAUUAGUGCCUAUUACAUUAACUGAAAAUGUCGUCUGACGAUGAGAAGCCCCCCGCACCCCCAGUACGAUUGACUUCUAAUAGAAGUACUGAUCUCGUUAACAGUUCCAUUGCAGUAGACAGACCGUUGCCCAAGGAGCCCGAAGAUUUGGAUAAGAAAAAGAAAAAUCUUAAAUCCAAAAAAACCCAUAAGCUGUCUACCUAUGCCUCUGAUAAACCCAACAUUUCUUAUCCCACUAAUUUUGAACACACUGUACAUGUUGGAUUUGAUCCGAUUUCCGGAGAGUUCACGGGGAUGCCUGAAGCAUGGUCUCGUUUAUUGAUGAACUCGAAUAUUAGUAAACAAGAGCAAAAGAACAACCCACAAGCCGUUUUAGAUGUUCUCAAUUGGUAUGACACUAGUUCUAAGGAACCCCCCAAUACAAAAUACAUGACCAAAACCGGAACCACACAUUCAGGCGUAUUUGUAGGUUCAACUGUAAGUAGGGUAUCAAGUUCGAGUCCUAGCAGUACUACACCCACAGAAGGCGAUGCAGGGCCUCAGUCAUACCACAGUCCUGUCCAUGUUGUUAGUUCCGAAAUCGAAGAUGAAGCUCCACCUCCACCCAUUGCUAGCAGACCUGAGCGCACAAAAAGCAUUUACACUAAACCCGUGGAAGAAAUUCAACCCACAAAUACUACGGGUAACGGGACUUCCCCGCUCGGCCUUAGCCCGUCCCACUUGGGUGCGUUGGCGCACGUCGGGGCAAAUUCUAAUGCCAAUAGUACUAUUCCGUCGGCACCGGUAUUUGAUAAAAACAAAAAUCAAGCGGGCUCGGAAAUGUCGAGGGCAGCUUCAGAAAAGAGGAAAAAGAAGAUGACCGAUGAAGAAAUUUUGGAGAAAUUGAGGAAUAUCGUUUCUGUCGGUGAUCCCAAUAGGAAAUAUACUAAAUUGGAUAAAAUCGGGCAAGGUGCUUCCGGAACAGUUUAUACAGCCAUAGAAACAGCAACUGGAAUGGAGGUAGCAAUUAAGCAAAUGAACCUUUCCCAGCAGCCUAAGAAAGAACUAAUUAUAAACGAAAUUCUAGUCAUGCGAGAAAACAAACAUGGCAAUGUUGUUAAUUAUUUAGACAGUUAUUUAGUAAAUGAAGAACUUUGGGUGGUAAUGGAAUACUUGCCUGGUGGUUCCCUGACUGAUGUAGUAACGGAGACCUGUAUGGACGAGGGCCAGAUAGCUGCCGUUUGUAGAGAAGUUUUGCAAGCCUUAGAUUUCCUUCAUUCCAAUCAAGUCAUCCAUAGGGAUAUCAAGUCUGAUAAUAUAUUACUAGGUCUCGAUGGGUCUGUCAAAUUGACGGAUUUCGGUUUUUGUGCUCAAAUUAGUCCAGAACAGUCAAAAAGGACUACAAUGGUAGGCACUCCUUACUGGAUGGCCCCCGAAGUUGUCACUAGGAAGCAAUAUGGACCGAAGGUGGACGUUUGGUCUUUAGGUAUAAUGGCGAUAGAAAUGAUCGAAGGGGAACCGCCGUAUUUGAAUGAAAAUCCGCUUAGGGCACUUUACCUUAUCGCUACCAAUGGCAAACCUGAUAUUAAAGAAAAAGAAAAACUAUCUCCAGUAUUUCAGGACUUUUUAGACAAUUGUUUGGCUGUCGAAGUCGACAAACGAUCGUCGGCCAGGGAUUUAUUAAAGCAUCCAUUUUUAAAACUUGCACGACCUUUAGCGAGCUUGACGCCCUUAAUACUAGCAGCCAAGGACGCCGCUAAACAACACUAGCGAUGUUCGGAUAUCUCCCAGAGUUGAGAUGUAUAAAGAAAAUAUUAAAUAGGCUUCACUAUAACCAGACAUUUCUCAGCAAAACGAUAAAAUGAUUGAAUUUUUACCGAUAUUCCGAUUUAAUAUUAAAAGAUAAUAGCGAUUUGAUAAUUAAGAGAUAUUUAAACAAAUUAAUGGUUAAAUUCAUAUUCUUCCAUGUAAUUGUGUUACAAUAAUAAUAAUUAAAUUGCUGUAACUAAAAAUGUAGUUAGUUGUGUUCCAAGUUAUAUAUUUUCAGAACAAUUCCGUUUAUGCUAAGAAGAUACAAAAUAUUUAAUGCAAAACAAAUUAUAAGGAUUAAAAAAACCGUUAUUGAUUAAAACUUCUCUCUUUUCUAUAAUCAUACAGUUUAAUAAAGACAUCUGUCAACUCUCUUGAGCUGACAUCAAUUGUAACAAUAAUGAAUGACAUCGUGGGGAUUGGUUACAUCUCUUUUGUGUUUUGUACCAUUGACCAUUAUAUUUUUCUUUGCUAGGUCCUUUUCUUUCUAUAUUUUUCUUUGGUCAUCUUCAUGGUGGUCAUUAAUUUUGUUUUCUACAUAAUUCUCUAGUUUUAUUAAGUAGGUUUAAUCUCUAUUACCCUAUUGUCUAUAAGGACCUCACUCCCCUUCCUGGUAUCAAAACCUGGAUUUUUGUACACCUGAUCUCAAAUGUUGCCACAUAAACCGCAUCAAGGGCGUUCAUUGUUCUAGUAUUAUAUAUCUUCUGUUUUAUACUAUUCUCGACCAUUUCUGCCUUUUUCUAAUUUUUACAUUACUCAAAUCGACAUUCAUUUAGUACUUUUACAUACAUUUUAUUUGACUGAUGUUUACUUUAUGUCUUAAGAGGAAAAUUUACAUUACAAACUAAAAGACCUGCGGGGCAACGGUAGUUUAGUAGGUAUAAAAAUUACAACUUAAGGGUGGAGCCUAAAUACUACAAAAUUACUUCCGAGACCAAACAAAAUCAGCAUUCAUUCAUAAUUUUAACAAUUGCAUGUAGAUACGAGGGAUGCAUAUUCUAAACUUUAACGCGCGAAGUUGAAGACAAAGGAACCUAAAAAUAUUCCAUAAUAGCACAAAAUAAUAUUACCUAUGUAUUUUACAAUAUAAGUAUGGUGUAGAUUAAAACUUAUUUUGGCUAUCGACAAAUUUGGUUAAAAAAUCUUCUUUUAGAAAUAUACCUUUCAUUUGACGAAAAACGAAGGCCUAAACGAAAAAAAAAUAUUCUUCAUAAAAGUUUCGCCUGUGUAUUGACAAGGUAAUAGUGCUUUCCAUAUAUUUUUUGCUAUGAAAUUAACAAAAAUAUAGCAAUAAACAAUUACUGAUGUCAUGGUUUUACAGGAAAGGAAGCAGUCUCUUGACUGUAUGCGUCUCUCUGAGGGAUGAAAUGUAUGCAAUCUGUUUGACUCUCUUACACUAUUUUAUAUAGGUAUUAUUGAUUUAUCCGCUAUGAAGGCGAAUAAUGUUUUAUAGGGUGUUGUAUAGGUUAUAAACAGUAAGGCUAUUGCUUUGCAGAAUACAAUAAAUUCCUAAUAAAAAAAUUCAAUAAUUAGAAGUAUAUAAAGCAUAAAUUAAUAAUAUUAAAAUAUAUAAGUACAGGACUCAAACUAAUCAAAAUCAGAUUCACCACAUUAAUCUACAUUUUCCAAAACAUUAGCGGCUAUGAUCAAACUAUUUCUGCAGUUUUUCUGUGCCAUACAGGUGCAUUAACCGAUAUAGUCAAUAUUUUUUUCUGCAUUUGCAAAUUUUGCUUCCAUAGUCUAGAAUAGAAUAAUAUUGUUAAAAUAUUGUACAUAUAUGAAAAUUAUCGGUGUAUAGUACCUUUUUUGCAUUUGCAUGAUAAGUUCUGUUAUUUCUGGUAGCAGGUCGAGCAUAAUCUUAAGAGUGGGUAUCAGGCUUCAAUCUUGAUCUACUUUCCAUUCAUACUCUUCAACAUUAGGAAGCUGCAUCUGGGUCUUUAAAGAGCUUAGCCAAAUACUUAGCUGGUAAAAACAUCUUAAACAAUGUAAUCUUAGGGCGUCUUCAGUCAAUGGCAAUUUAGCAGUUAUUUUAAAGGGACCAUUAAUCUCCUCAAAAUGUUAAUGGAAGUUCAAGAUUAGAGAAUGUGUUUUCAGAGUACCUACAAAUCAGUGCCAAAUCCAUCCAAAAGGUGAUGGUGUUCAAGGUAGGUUUUCCAGGUUCUUUUUCCAAUGCCAGACAAUUGGUUGGAUUUAUUACGACCUGUCACAGAAUAAAAAAAAGGCAAAUUUUUUAGAAGUUUUUUUAUCCAAAUUUAAAUCAUGUACUGUUAUAAAUCGUCACGAGUCUCCUUGCCCUAUUAUGAACCAUAUCUUUUUAGUUCAAAACUACUUAAAAUAAAUUAAUAAGACUAGAACAUCUGUAUCGUUGCAAUCAAUAAUACAUCAUGAAUUCCCCGAAUUUCUGGCUAAUAAUAUGUGCAAUAAGAUACGAGUAUCAGCUUCUUCAAGAUAUAAAUUUAAGAAAUCGUCUUUUGAUGGUUCAAAAUUCAUCCCAUAUUUAUUGAUACUCGCGAAUCCAUCACUAGAUACAAAUUUUCAAGAAGUUGCUCUGACAGAAAAUGUGUUAAACGUCUUUUAUUAAAUAUCGAAUGAAUGAACAAGUUUCAUUAUUCUGGAUUCGGUCAAUUUCUAUAUCAAUUGAUUUCUGGGAUCAUCUCUUUUGACGUGUUGUAUUUUUGAUAGAAUUUUCUUUAUAAUGAUUAAAUACCACAUCUAUCCUUUGAGCAUUAAAUUUAUUUUUAAAAAUAAUCUUUACAAAUAUAUUAGCAUAUUCUUUAAAUGAUAUGCAACUUUUGGACUUUCCCAAACCUUGAGCUAUUGCUAUCCCAUCAAAAAUGUGACAAGUUUUGCAAGAUCACCUAGGUGCAGGUAAGUCUUUGUGGGUCAUAUUGCUCUAAAAUAUUUCCCAAUAAACUCUUAUUUGUAGAGGUGCCGAGAUACCCAUUUACUGUUAGAGACAUGGGAGAGGCUGUCAGAUCAAACUUAAAUAUUUCGGCAUAAUUACCUAAUGUUUCUCUCCAUAUCCUUUGCUAAUAAAAUAUUGUGAAGAAACUGUUGACCAUGCAAGGAUUAAGAAGUCAUAUUUUGAUAUCAUUUGUGUCUUUGUUUCUUGCAACAACAAAUCCGUAAUUAAAAUGUUUAACGAAAACUUACCCAACUUACCCAAAAAUAUUCAGGCAUUCAGCUAUAACAGGAUGAAUGUAGAUGUAAUAAAAACCUAAAAAAUGUCUAUUUCUUCCCAAUUUAUUAGGAACUUUAAUAUGUAACACACUUAUUAAUUUUUUAGUAAAAACAGACAAUAUGACACUUUGUCCAUUGGCACCUAACGAAAAGUUUUAUAAUAAAAAAAUGAAAAAAAUUUGAGCAUAUCAAUAAUGUGAUGCAUCAUCCGACACGUAGAGAGAAACAGAGCCAUACUACGUUUUUCAUUAGGGCCUUCCUUUUGGUUAAAUGAUAAAAUUAUAUUUAAAAAAAUGACUUUUUAAACAAAUUUUUGAAGGGCUGAAAUUUUUUUUAAAUAAGUAUAAAACAUUACUCCUUACAAAGAUUUUAUUGUGCAUUGGACCAAAAAAUAAAUAUUUAUUUUUUAUUCGGCGGUAUCAGUUUCUGGAUUUUUGAUGAUAGUGCCCUUCUGCACAGUCUAAUUUUGUGUUACCUCCGGAAUAACGGUUACCUUAUCAUGACCUUUUAUCUCUGAAAAAUUCAGCUUGUGACAAAGGGAGGUAAAUCGUUUUCUAGAGCGAAUAUUUUAAUACAUACACUUACUAAUAAUAAUUUAUUAAGAGUAGAAAAGCGUCCAUAGUUUUGCAAUACAUUCCCUUCUAUAUCACAUAAUAUGUCCUCGAUACAAAAAGUCAAAGUAACAAAAACAGGAGGCCAAUGUAAACAAACAAUAAACGGCCUCAUGACAUUUUAUAUUUUUAAAUAAACUAGGUUUUUAAAAAAUAUUUUCUAUACCUGUUAUUUUUUAUAUUCAAGCGGAUUUAUAAUAUUUAUACUUGGAGUAGCCAUGUGUGAGUUAGUUAAAUGAAAAGGUACCUUUGGUUUUAUAAUAUGUAGCCAUCAGAUAUAAUGUUUCAGCAUAUUAUUAUUAUUUAUAUUUUAACAAAAAUUAUUUUUAUUGUUUGAAUAAUCUGUUAUAAUGAGGUACAGCUUCUAGAACAAAUUCAUAAAAAAUCCGUACUGUUAAACUCACCAUUUAUUUGGCAUUCUAUCCCGUACUUCCAUAUCUCUAUUAGCUCUGCUGUCAACUAGUUCUGGUAAGGCAUAUUACAUAUAAUAAUUUUGAAUUUUAUUUUGCACUUUUUCUUCCCAAAAGCUGUCAUUAUGAGGAAUUUCCUCCACUUUUAUUUCUCGAGAAGUCCAAACGCAAAAAAUGCAAAAAUUCAUUUGUGUAAUAUGCAGCUAGCCCUGAAUUUGAAAGUACCGAUUGUGGUUCCCCUUAAUGAUAUUAUCCUUUUUCCAGAAAGUUAUUUUUCUACUGCAUAUUCCUUUUUCUUCAGUCAACACUCUAGCUUCAUAUGGACA